CAAUAUCAAAUUUAUUGUUUUAGUUUUGAGGGAAUUAUCAUUACAAAAGUCCGACAUUUUAGAUUCCAAUUUGCAAUAUUUUAGCUUUUUUCAGAUUUUUUUAAAAACAUUCCCCUAAAAUAAAAACCAUUUCUCAAGUUUUCGAACCUGAAUUGUCGGACUAUAAUUAUCACCCAUACCUACACACUAUAUAUUAUUAAAGGCCCCUUAAGCCAAGAACAAAAAUGGAAAACAAACAUUUUGCAUAUGAGAGCUUUCAGUAUCAUUUCCCCUCCAAUCUUUUAUUUUCUGGGAUAGAUUCGACCGUUUUAUUAUUUCAACAAAAGCUCACUAAAUAAAAUUUAUUUUUAAUUUUAGGUAAACUAACUUUAAAUUAAUUAAACAAUUAAAGUAAUGCCACCAAACUUUUUUCAAUUUUUCUACUUUUAUAUUUUUAAUCUUUUUGUUUUAACAACAAGCAAUCAUAGACAACGUGUAUCCUCAGAGCCUUGCAAAGAAGCAAGAGAAUGGCCUUUAAUUGGAAAGGCACAUAUUGAAGAUUAUUGUGGAAGAGUUUUAUUGUUAACAUUCAUCUCUACAAGACAAUGUAACCUUCAAUGUGACAAUACUUUAAAAAGGCUAAAUUCACUUUAUGAACAAUAUCCUUCUGUAAGGGUUAUGGCUGUUGCUCAAUCAAAUGAAGAUGAAAGGAAUUUGCGUUCUUUCGCUCAAAGAUAUCCUAGAAUACAUUCUCCAGUAUGGAAUUGGUUUAGAGUAGGUCAUCUUGAUCAGCUAAUAUUUGAUAGAUGUUCUCGUAAUUCAGCAAAACUCUCCCCAAGUACCCCUUCUUCUCCCCCUUCACUCACUUCAACAAUACAUGCCCUUCAAGCAACGCUUUCCGCACAGCCUUGUGGUAGUUGUGAUUAUGACUCAACAAAACCGGCACCUGAAUGGCCUUCACUUCAUCCACCGCCUAGAAGAAUAGAAACAAGAGAAAGAGGGAAAAAACCAGCGAAACAACAACAAAUAAUAAAAACAACACCAAAACCAGAAGAAACUACACAAAAUUACAACAACAUAAUUAGACAAAAACAUUUAGAACUACAAGAACGAGAACGUUUAAUUAGAGAAAGAGAACAGAGGCAAAGGGAAAACGAAGAACAACAACGCAAAUACUGGUUAGAACAACAACAAAAACUACAACAAUUACAACAAAAACAUGUUUAUACAACAACACCAACAGUUUCUUCAAAACACAAAACUCGUCAAUUCCCCGAACCUACAACUCGCUUACCCGUUAAUUAUGCAUCAGAUCCUUACAGAAAUAAAAACAAUAAUUAUUUUUCAAGAAGGGAAGAGCAACAAAAACAAAACAGAAUUUAUCCUUCCCCAUCUCCCCCACAACCUGUUGUUGUUGCUGGGCCAUUAAAUCAACGAAUCCCAACCGUUAAUAACCGAGAACCGUUGAAUAAAAGCCCAGAACCAGCCCCUCUUUACCCGGAAGGGAGUGAAAACAACAACAAUAACAACAAUUUAGUUGAAGAUACUCAAGAUUAUUACAAUUAUGAAGAAGUAUGGACAACAGAAGAAUCCCCUCCCCAAAAUCUCCAAAUACCAAAACCCAUAACAACAAAAGUAGAACCAACACAACCCUCUUCAUCCUCCUCCUCGUCUUCUUCCUCAACAAACCAACAAGACAAAAACUUUGGGUUUGAAUUGCCCUGUACAGGUUUUUCUGAUGAAAGUUGUUUCCAACAACAAACACAACUUCGCCCAAACGAAAUUCAUCGUUGUUGUCGAGGCAGAAUAUUAUUUUCUGAUUUGUGUGUUUCUGGAAAAUGUUCCAACACAACAAUCCAACUUUGUUGUAUUCAACGUUUUUUACAAGCAAAGUUAACUUGUUGUUCCGACGAACGCUUGGCAGAGACUAAAACUGGGGACCAUUUUUCUCGUUGUUGUUUUGAUAAUUUUGUGGAUAGUGACGAUGUUUGUUGUCCUAGAGAAUAUGCUAAUGAACAGUGGAGAAGUGUACAUGAAUUGUGUUUACCUAAUGUUGAGAUGGACUUAAGUGAAGUAAAGGUGCCCGUUCCGUUGAUGGGAACCUCUCUUAUUACGGAAUUCGACUUUUCCAAAACAGACAAAUGGCGUUUUGAAUGCCGUUAUGGAGGACAUACAAGACAAUUUAGCUAUUUUGAACAACCUACAAGUCAAGAAGGAGAGGAAAAUAAUGAGGGAGAAAGUGAGGAAACUAAUUGA